UCGAUUGACGCUGUCUUUUCGUACACACGUGUGUUCACAGCUGUGAUGGCGGAUCUGACAGGAGAACCCACCGCAGGAGGGCUGAACGAUGCAGGGGCGAAGGAGAAAGAUGGAACUGGAACCGCAGCGGCUGCUGGAGCGCUGACGCCGGCACGGACCUUAAAAGCAGGUCGCACGCCGGUUCGUCGAGUUGCCAACCAAAUUCCCGAUGAAAUUUCUCAGAAUCCCUUACUCUUGGAAGCCAUCUCCGUGCUGCCGCAGAACUACAACUUUGAAAUUCCCAAGACUAUAUGGAGAAUUAAACAAGCUGCGGCCAAGAGGGUUGCUUUACAGAUGCCGGAAGGGCUGCUGAUGUUUGCCUGCACUAUCGCAGAUAUUGUAGAGAGAUUUACGUCGGCAGAGACCGUGGUGAUGGGAGAUGUGACAUACGGAGCGUGCUGCGUGGAUGAUUACACGGCGCGGGCGCUAGGAGCGGACUUCCUGGUGCAUUAUGGGCACAGCUGCCUGAGAAAAUGCCUGACGCUGACCCUGUUUGGCACUGGCAGCUGA